AGUGUGCGACGGGGCGAAUCGCAGUGGAAUCGGACAAAUAACCGGUUACCACCCUCCGCAGUAUAUAAAUCAUUCCGGAUGAUAGCUAUAUCUCAGUGCUCAUCUCAAGCAUCCAGUGAGACUAUCUGGGUAUCAGUCGCAUUUAAUUGAAGACUCCGCGGGAUAGUCGACACUUCAACAUGGCGUCCAGCUCCAGGGCCUUGUACCUUUUCAUAUUCUCUCUGGCACUAUGUCACUCAGUCAAUGCGGGGAUGAGCAACGUCGAGAAAAUUCAGCUGGCUUUCAAGCAGAUCACCACUGCGUCCGACAACCUCCGCAAGGAAACGCAGUUGAUCAACAUCAUCAAUGCUCCGCUCCAGGGUUCCAAGAUUGCUGAGGGAUUCGCUAAAAUCAUCAGCGCCAUCGCCGAGUACACGAUCAAGAUUAACGAGGGUGGCGUCAAGAACGACAACAGUCCUCUGCCAGACGCGGACGCUAAGCUCGUCGUGCAAUCCCUGACGACCUUCGUGCAGGUGCACCAGGCAUUGCUCAAUGUGGUGAUCGGCAAGCACGGCCUCCUUACUUUGAUCCCGUUCUUCGAGCCCAUCAGGUUGUCGCUGGUGUCCCUGGAAGCAACCAUAGACGCCUUCGCGUUUGCCCUCAUCGCCGAAAUCCCCACCCAGAAGCCCGCCGCAGAUGUGCAAUUCGGGUCCCUCAGUAUAACUCUCCAGGUUGCCAUCACCACCUACUCGUCGCCCAUAUUGGAAUCGAACAACCUGCAGGAGAUGAACACUACUGAGAAAAUCGUGCUGGCGUUCAAGCAGAUCACCACUGCGUCCGACAACCUCCGCAAGGAAGUGCAGCUGAUCAACAUCAUCAAUGCUCCUCUCCAGGGCUUCAAGAUUGCUGAGGGAUUCGCUAAAAUCAUCAGCGCCAUCGCCGAGUACACGAUCAAGAUUAACGAGGGUGGCGUCAAGAACUACAACAGUCCUUUGCCAGACGCGGACGCCCAGAUCGUGGUGCAAUCCCUGACGACCUUCGUGCAAGUGCACCAGGCAUUGCUCAAUGUGGUGAUCGGCAAGCACGGCCUCCUUACUUUGAUCCCGUUCUUCGAGCCCAUCAGGUUGUCGCUGGUGUCCCUGGAAGCAACCAUAGACGCCUUCGCGUUUGCCCUCAUAGCCGAAAUCCCCACCCAGAAGCCCGCCGCAGAUGUGCAAUUCGGGUCCCUCAGUGUAACCCUCCAGGUUGCCAUCACCACCUACUCGUCGCCCAUAUUGGAAUCGAACAACCUGCAGGAGAUGAACACUACUGAGAAAAUCGUGCUGGCGUUCAAGCAGAUCACCACUGCGUCCGACAACCUCCGCAAGGAAGUGCAGCUGAUCAACAUCAUCAAUGCUCCUCUCCAGGGCUUCAAGAUUGCUGAGGGAUUCGCUAAAAUCAUCAGCGCCAUCGCCGAGUACACGAUCAAGAUUAACGAGGGUGGCGUCAAGAACUACAACAGUCCUUUGCCAGACGCGGACGCCCAGAUCGUGGUGCAAUCCCUGACGACCUUCGUGCAAGUGCACCAGGCAUUGCUCAAUGUGGUGAUCGGCAAGCACGGCCUCCUUACUUUGAUCCCGUUCUUCGAGCCCAUCAGGUUGUCGCUGGUGUCCCUGGAAGCAACCAUAGACGCCUUCGCGUUUGCCCUCAUAGCCGAAAUCCCCACCCAGAAGCCCGCCGCAGAUGUGCAAUUCGGGUCCCUCAGUGUAACUCUCCAGGUUGCCAUCACCACCUACUCGUCGCCCCUCGCCAAGCUCGGGGAGACGAUGAAAGAAAUUGCGAUAUCCGCUUAGAAAGUUUUUUGCGCCAUCGUGAAUAUAUGAUAGACGGUUGUUAAUGGAAGAGAGGUGUGUGUGAUAGCCUUCUGCAAGACGAGUUUUAGUAUGUAAAUAAAUGCUGCACCAUAUGGGCCGUUUUAUCGUAUGAAAUACAGUGCAGUAAUGGCUUUUGCUCCAUUCGGAGGCGUAAAGGAAAGUCUAUCACCUUCAUGGCUGUGAUACCUAUAUUACAUGUUAGCA